AUGCACCGCGCCAGGCAGCCUUUGAAAAAGCGGCGCGGCUCGUUCAAGAUGGCGGAGCUGGAUCAGCUGCCUGACGAGAGUUCUUCAGCAAAAGCACUUGUGAGCUUGAAAGAGGGAAGUUUAUCCAGUACAUGGAAUGAAAAGUACAAUUCUCUGCAGAAAACACCUAUUUGGAAAAGCAAGAAUGUUGGUUCUGCUGUGGAAAUGCCCUUCAGAAAUUCAAAACGGAGUCGACUCUUCUGUGAAGAAGAUGACAGACAAAUAAACACAAGGUCACCCAAAAGAAAUCAGAAGGUUGCGAUGGUUCCACAGAAGCUUACUGCAACAAUGCCAACACCAGACAAGAAAGCAUCACAGAAGAUUGGUUUACGGCUUCGUAACCUGCUCAAACUUCCCAAAGCUCACAAGUGGUGCAUAUAUGAAUGGUUCUAUUCAAAUAUAGAUAAACCACUAUUUGAAGGAGAUAAUGAUUUCUGUGUAUGCCUGAAAGAAUCCUUCCCAAAUCUGAAAACUAGAAAAUUGACAAGAGUAGAGUGGGGAAAAAUCAGACGACUAAUGGGAAAGCCACGAAGAUGUUCCUCUGCAUUCUUUGAGGAAGAGAGGUCAGCAUUAAAACAGAAACGGCAGAAAAUAAGACUUCUGCAGCAGCGGAAGGUUGCAGAUAUUUCACAGUUCAAAGAUCUUCCAGAAGAAAUUCCAUUACCACUCGUGAUAGGAACAAAAGUUACAGCACGAUUGCGGGGUGUCCAUGAUGGACUAUUCACUGGACAGAUAGAUGCUGUAGACACUCUUAAUGCUACAUACAGAGUGACUUUUGACAGAGCAGGUCUUGGAACACAUACAGUCCCAGAUUAUGAAGUUCUUAGCAACGAGCCCCAUGAAACCAUGCCAAUUGCUGCCUUUGGACAGAAACAACGGCCUUCUAGAUUCUUUAUGACCCCUCCUCGAUUGCAUUAUACACCAUCACUCCAAUCUCCAAUGACAGACAGUGAUCCUUUAUUAGGACAAUCUUCGUGGAAAAACAAAAUUUCAGGCACAGAUAGUGAAACACUAGGUGGCUUUCCAGUAGAAUUCCUCAUUCAAGUGACCAGGUUAUCGAAAAUCCUCAUGAUCAAGAAAGAACACAUCAAACAAUUGAGAGAGAUGAAUACAGAAGCAGAAAAGCUGAAAUCCUAUUCUAUGCCAAUCAGCAUUGAGUUUCAGAGGAGAUAUGCAACUAUUGUUCUAGAUCUGGAACAACUAAACAAAGACUUAAACAAAGUUUUGCAUAAGGUUCAACAGUAUUGUUACGAGCUUGCUCCAGACCAAGGCCUCCAGCCUGCAGACCAGCCAACAGAUCUGAGACGUAGGUGUGAAGAGGAAGCUCAGGAGAUUGUCAGGCAAGCAAAUUCCUCGACAACAGGACACCUGUGUGUUGAAAAUGAAAAUUUAACUGAUCUUAUCUCUAGACUUACAGCAAUAUUACUACAGAUUAAGUGUCUAGCAGAAGGAGGUGAUCUGAAUUCCUUUGAAUUUAAAUCACUAACAGAUUCAUUAAAUGACAUUAAGAAUUCAAUAGAUUCCUCAAAUAUCAGCUGUUUUCAGAAUAAUGUUGAGAUCCAUGUUGCACAUAUUCAGAGUGGUCUGAGCCAGAUGGGAAAUCUACAUGCCUUUGCAGCUAACAACACCAACAGAGACUGAAAACUUUAUUUCAAGUAUACAGCAAGCAAUUCUGGAAAGUCCUCUUCCUUUAUGUAGGCUUUGCCAAAUAUCCUAACUGCCAGAAGAUAAGGGAAAAGAAGAUCUCUCGGAAAGGACCCUUUUAAAAUAUAUUAUAUCUUCUUCUUAAGAAAACCAGCAUUACUGGCCAGCAUUACAUUAGAUUUUUCCAUUUGUUAUUCACAUACAGUAGUUUUGCUAACUGAUAAUCUCUUAGUAACUGCAUUUAGUAUAAUAAACUUGAAAACAUGCUUUCAUAUAAUUUGAACUUAAUUUUUAAAAGUUCAGAUUAAUUCUGCCGACUUCUUGUAGUGGGCUCUCCUGGUAUGUUGGAAAUGACGAAGAGGAAAUAGCUCAGAUCGGGAGCCGUAUGGCAGGCCUUUGUUCUUUAAAGCUCCAGUUCUGUAGGUAUCCGAGAGUCGCCAUUUCAGCCUUCAGGUAGGGUGGUGACAACACAGGCUGAGCCAUCCUGACUCUUUAGUCAGCAGCGGCAGAAGCAGCAGCAGCAGGAUACGGACAGCGAACAGAUGUUGUAAACUCGAGGGUGCUGGGCAGGUCUAUCGAUCAGUCAAUACCUUGUUGGACCUUCUAAUUUAUCAUAACUUACAUAAGGAGUCUAAUGAAGGAAUAUAAAAAUGUAACUGGUAACUUUCCAGGAACAGAUUGGUCAUGGCUUUUUCCCUUCACACAGGGCAAAAAUGCUUUAGUUGGCAUUUUAUAUAAAUGACUGGUUAAACAUAUUGUUUUUCCAAAUCUUUGUUUGUUUUGCACAACUUUUAAAUUAGAUAGCUGAUUAUCCAACAAUAGCCACAUAUAUAAAUAUGAAGAUUUUUAUAAUUAAAGAUAACUAGUGAGGUAGACUGCAAAAAUGAAAAGUGGAAACCCCGCCUAGGAGUACGUUUUGGAAUGUUAAUCUUGUAAAAAGUGUGUAUUGGUUUGUUUAAAUAGUCUUGUAAAGCUUCUGUGUAAUGAAUUGUUUCCAGAAUUUUCAGAGAUAGCUGUAGAGAUGUUUUUGAUUCCUUUAGAUGCCUCAUUAAAUGAGGUCUUUUAUAUGUUAAUGUAUAAAGAAUAUGUAAACAGGAUUAUUUUCAAUUUUAAAAUUUUGUAUAGUUUAAAGAUGCUUCUGUAUUCUGUGUUGGUAUUG